AUGGCUGAGACACUUGAUGCCCUGAUGAUCCUAGUGUGUGUUAUAGCUCUUGUAAUCCUUCUUGCCUUGGUUGUCUACACUUGGGUUAAAUGGCAUCGUCAAGAAACAAGCUCUGCGUCAAACGUGGCGCCGCCGUCCAGUAUUGAACACUCUGCGGGAUUGCGGCCAGUUGCGCAUUUUCAGAAAGGCUACUUAAACGAGAUUGGCAGAGAGAGUCCGAAUUUGAGCGGAUCGCGCACUUUCCUGAACGAAGAUGUGUUGAAGCAAAAGCCAUUCUCUGAAAAUGGCAGUGCUCCACCGGAAUUUCAAACCAAAGAUGUUAUUCAUCAUGUAAACGCAGAACACAAUCCCAAGGAGCAGCUAAGUGGUGAUAUUGUUUACCAUGCCAAUAGAUCUUAUGGUAGUGCUAAGAAUAACACGGCCAAUGAGGUUGAUGCUGGCAAUGUGGCGAUAAAGUACGAAGAGCCGAGUGGAAAACGAAGAUGGUCCGAGUCGGCAGCUCUCUCGGGAGAUCAUGAAAAAGUCCAAGCAUCUCAUAGGAAGAACACUUAUCUUUAA